AUGGGUAUUAAAGGGUUGAAUGCAAUUAUAUCGGAACAUGUGCCCUCUGCAAUUAGAAAAAGCGACAUCAAAAGCUUCUUUGGGAGAAAAGUGGCGAUCGAUGCUUCUAUGUCCCUAUACCAGUUCUUAAUUGCUGUAAGACAGCAAGAUGGUGGGCAAUUGACUAACGAGGCGGGUGAAACCACGUCGCACUUGAUGGGUAUGUUCUAUAGGACGUUGAGAAUGAUUGAUAAUGGUAUCAAGCCUUGCUAUGUCUUCGACGGCAAGCCUCCCGAUAUGAAAUCACAUGAGUUGGCCAAGCGGUCUUCCAGAAGAGAAGAAACUGAGAAAAAAUUGGCAGAGGCAACGACUGAAUUAGAAAAAAUGAAACAAGAAAGAAGGUUGGUGAAGGUCUCAAAAGAACAUAAUGAAGAAGCUCAAAAAUUACUAGGAUUAAUGGGUAUUCCGUAUAUAAUAGCUCCAACGGAAGCAGAAGCUCAGUGUGCCGAGUUGGCAAAAAAGGGCAAGGUGUAUGCCGCAGCGAGUGAAGACAUGGACACUCUUUGCUAUAGAACACCUUUUUUGCUGAGACAUUUAACUUUUUCAGAAGCCAAGAAAGAACCGAUUCAUGAAAUAGACACAGAAUUAGUUCUAAGAGGCCUCGAUUUGACUAUAGAGCAGUUUGUCGACCUUUGUAUAAUGCUUGGAUGUGACUACUGUGAAAGCAUUAGAGGUGUUGGCCCAGUAACUGCUUUAAAGUUGAUGAAAACUCAUGGAUCCAUUGAAAAAAUCAUAGAAUUUAUUGAAUCUGGCGAGUCAAAUAACACUAAGUGGAAAAUUCCAGAAAACUGGCCCUACAAGCGGGCAAGAAUGCUAUUCCUUGAUCCUGAAGUAAUUGAUGGUAACGAGAUAAAUCUAAAGUGGUCACCACCGAAGGAGAAGGAACUUAUUGAGUAUUUGUGUGAUGAGAAAAAGUUUAGCGAAGAGAGAGUUAAAUCCGGUAUAGUAAGAUUGAAAAAAGGAUUGAAGUCUGGGAUUCAAGGUAGAUUAGAUGGCUUCUUCCAAGUGGUGCCUAAAACGAAGGAACAAUUGGCUGCGGCGGCGAAGAGAGCACAAGAGAACAAAAAAUCAAACAGAAAUAAAAGUAAAGUAACGAAAGGGAGAAGAUGA